AUGACGUCCGCUCCGACGCCAGAAAUGACGCCCGCCGAGGCCGAGUCGGUCUACUUCAACAACUACCCCCCGCCCAAAGCCCUCCCGAAGCAUGAAGCCCUCGCUCGAGCCUUUGUCGAUUACCACGCCCAAGCGAACCGACGCCUUGUCCUGGUGACAUCGGGGGGCACCACAGUUCCUCUUGAGAACCAGACUGUUCGCUUCAUUGACAACUUCAGCGCGGGCACGCGAGGUGCUGUGUCGGCAGAAUACUUUCUCCAGGAGGGAUAUGCAGUAAUUUUCCUACAUCGGCAGUUCAGUCUGUUGCCAUACUCGCGGCAUUACAGCCACUCGACCAAUUGCUUUCUGGAUUUCAUGGAUGAGGAGGAACCGGUGCCUGAUGCCACAGAAACCAACGAGUCGGAUCACCGACCGAUCAAGGUGCGCAGUGAGUACCAGGACCAGAUGCGCGAUGUCUUGCGAAAGUAUCGUUAUGCGAAGCGGAACAACCUCCUGCUCCUACUUCCGUUCACCACCGUCUCGGAGUACCUCUUCGAACUACGGUCGCUGGCUCAGCUCAUGAAGCCAUUGGGUCCCAACGCCCUGUUCUACCUGGCCGCUGCCGUCAGCGAUUUCUUUAUCCCCAGCGACCGCAUGUCUGAGCACAAGAUCCAGUCGUCGGAGCUGCCGGACCACUUGACCAAGGACCAGGCAGUUGGCUCGUCGGACAUUUACACGGGCGGGAUUGAGCCGCAACCGUCGUCUCAUAGUAAGAAAUUGAUCAUUGAUCUGGACCCUGUUCCGAAGUUCUUACAUCGGUUGGUGAAUGGGUGGGCGCCGGAUGGCAGUAUGAUCGUGUCGUUCAAACUUGAAACGGACCCCAACCUGCUCGUAUACAAGGCGCAGACGGCACUCCAGCGGUAUGCGCACCACCUGGUGAUUGGUAACCUGUUGACCACACGCAAAUGGGAGGUGGUGUUCGUGACCCCGGACCCCCCGCACGAGCGCUGGAUCCGGGUGCCGAAGUCGCGGCGCAGCAAGAGCAUUUCUGGCAGUGAGGCGCAGGUUGGUUUGGCCGAAGCCAAGCGGGCGGGCGAAUCCACCCAGGCAGAAACCGGUGGGGGCGGGCAGAGUCAGAGACCGUUGGAAGACGAGGCCAUCAUCUCGGCUGAGGGAGUGGAGAUUGAAAGUUUGAUCAUCCCUGAGUUGGUCAAGUUGCAUUCGACCAAAAUUGCUCAACACAAUGCGAAGUCCUAG